AUGGAAAAAGACAACAACGUCAGUUCUUCUGACGUCAAGCUAGACUACAGAAUACGCCUUGGAGAGACACUGGAGGUUCAGGAUGGAGACAGCUUGGCCAUAUCACCAUCGGAGUCCAGGGAGGUCUUGAGAAAGAUCGAUUUCUGCGUGAUUCCAUUGAUGGGAUUCUGCUACCUACUGCAAUACAUGGACAAAUUGGCCCUUAGUUCGGCGACUCUGUUGGGGCUGCUGCGGGAUUUGGACCUCCACGGCUCCCAAUACUCCUGGUGCUCGGCCAUUUUCUAUUUCGGCUACCUCACGUGGAGCUGGCCCAGCUCCUACCUCAUUGUCCGGUUUCCCACGGGGAAAUACAUCGCCAUGACUGUGUGUUUAUGGGGCGGCGUUCUCAUGUGCCACGGUGCAGUUCACGACUUUGGGGGACUCAUGGCGGCACGUUUCUUCCUGGGUGUGGGUGAGGCAGCCGUCGCCCCCGGAUUUGCCUUGAUCACAGGCAUGUUUUACACGCGCAAAGAACAACCUCUGCGACAAGGUGCUUGGUUUGCAGGAAAUUCGCUCGCAAACAUUUUUGGUGGCCUGGUCGCAUACGGCAUCGGUCAGAUCCAGACGUCAUCCCUUGCGGACUGGCGUCUACUCUUCCUCAUCCUCGGUGGUAUUACUUCGGCUUACGCUUUCGUUCUAUACCUGUUCCUCCCGGAUUCGCCAGAUAAAGCCGUGUUCCUAGACGAAAAGCAGCAGCAAAUUGCUCUGAGGCGCACGAUCGAGACCAAGACCGGUCUCCUGGACAACGAUAACUUCGUUCCGAACCAGGUUAUCGACGCCCUGACCGACCCGCCGCUGUGGCUCUUGGUUCUCUAUACUGUCUCGGUCAAUCUGGCCAACGGUGGAUUAACCAGCUUUGGAGCACUUGUCAUCAAAGGAUUCGGCUUUUCAGACCUUAAAGCCCUUCUCAUUCAGAUGCCUAUCGGGGUGUCGCAGCUCAUUUUUCUCCUCUUGACUUCGAGCUUCGCCACUCUCCUUCCGUCGGCCCGGCUGGUGCUCAUGAUAAUUAACACUCUCACCUCCAUGGUAGGCAUGACCAUGGUAUACGAAUGCAAAGGUCGCGCGGCGCGUAUGGCCGGGUUGUGUCUGGCAAGCGUCUUCGCGGCCAAUGUUCCCCUUUCUUUGAGUUUGAUCAGUUCCAACGUCGGCGGUUUCACCAAGCGGUCCGUUACGAGCGCAACCUUGUUUGUCGCCUACUGCGUGGGCAACAUCGCGGGCCCACAAUUCUUCCAGUCCAGCCAGGCUCCUAGAUAUCCAACCGGCCUCAGGGCAUCGCUUUCGGGGUUAGCCUUUGGCACCUGGUUUCUUGCUUGUCUUCGUGUGUAUUACCUCUGCGAGAACGCACGAAGGAACAAGCGUUACGGACAAAGCCAGAGACUGAGCGUGCAUGAGGCACUGCGAGAAGAUCUGUCGGGUAAGACGGACCAGCAACUGCCUGAUUUCCGAUAUGUGAUUUGA